ACAUUUACCUUUGUGUUAACCGACAGAUAUAUUAUGUGAUAAAUAUAACUGAAACGUUCUAAUGACGUCUCCAUUUAAAUGUUUCGACAUUGGUGCAGCCAGUAAAACGUUAAACACAGAGACCCUGGAAUUGUCUUUAUAUUGUGAAAAACUCAACGUUAGAAUAUUUUGAAAUAUGCUAUAAUUAAAUUACAAUUCCACAUAUAGAGGUUUAAAAUUCCUCAUUAAUUAUGGUAAUGUUCAAAAUAGCACAUAAAAAGACAUUCAUGAAGAUGCAGUAUGGCCAAAGGUGUGCUUGUUGAUAGCCAUGUCAACAUACUUCCUGUUUACCAUGGUUCAUGUCCCGGUGCACAAAGCAACAUCCAUGUUGCACCUCACGGAUGCUGUAGCUGAAUGAGCAGAAAUCCCUGCAGCCAGGUUCCAAAAUCAGAACUGUGUGUCACCCCCCUGAUCUGUGACAUAUCAUCACAGCUGCAGCUCCACCAUGAACACAAAAGCAUGCGCGUCUCUGCUCCAACUCUCCAGGAUGGGGUUCAGACCUUGUGCAUCCAAAGCCCCUCGCUGCUGUGUUGGGGCAGUGACUUCUACUCGUCUUCCACAUAUCUCACCCUACUCGCCUGUACCCUGUAGUCACUCUUACUCUAGCAACGUCAAGGUGCGCUCUUAUCUUCGGUACAUGAAACACAAGAUCAUGUCCCCUCCCAGUCCUCCAUACAGUCAUGUGUGUCAGGUAGGGGAUCCAGUGUUGCGUUCACAUGCUGCUGCUGUUGACCCAGCUGCUAUAACAAGCCCUGAGAUCCAACAGGUCAUCAACACUAUGGUGAAAGUGAUGCGUAAACUUGAGUGUGUGGGACUGAGUGCACCUCAGAUUGGGGUGCCACUCCGCAUCCUGGCCCUGGAAUAUCCUCAGAAGAUGUUGGAGGAGAGUUCGCCUGCAUCAAGGGAGGUCCGUGGUCUUUCCGUCCAGCCCCUGAGGAUCUUUGUCAACCCCCAGCUGAGGGUCCUGGAUGGACGGACUGUGCUCUUUCAGGAGGCCUGUGAGAGCAUCUCAGGGUUCUCUGCCACAGUUUCACGCUACCUCUCUGUGGAAGUGUCCGGUCUGAAUGAGAAGGGUGAAGCUGUAUCCUGGCAGGCCAGUGGCUGGCCAGCUCGUAUCCUCCAGCACGAGAUGGAUCACCUGGAUGGGGUCCUCUACAUCGACCGCAUGGACAGCAAAACCUUCAUCAACAUCAACUGGCAGGCACAUAAUGAAUAGAAGAUCCUCAGGACAAGCCAAAAACAUUUACAGAAGAACCUGUAAGAUGGAUGAUAGGAAUGAUUUGUGAAAACUCUUCUGGCUUGCAGAAAGGGAUGCAUUUUUGUUUCUGGUUGGAAUAACUGCUUCAACUGAAAAUCCAUCGCUGCACUGGAAGUGUUUUUUAAGAUUGCUAGAAGCUGCAGGGCAGAAGCCCCCAAAGCAACAAUCUAUUUCACCUUAAAGUGCAAGCCAAGAGAGCCAUGUUCUGUGGAGCUCAGGUGUAUAUUUGAAGAAUAACGAGGCUGAUAUGAGUGAUUGAUAAAUGUGUGACCUUUGUCUGCCACCAUAACGAAUAAAUCCAACUGUGCGUGAGUUGAGUGAAAAAUGACGGCUGGUCAGUUUCACCCAGGGUUCACUUAUAAGCAUGUCAGACUCCGUGACUUUCACAUGACCAGUAUUUGUCAGUGUUAUUACAAUGUAUUAUUAAAUAUUAUUAAAAUAUUUUUGUAUACUGUU